UAUUACUGGGACGAAGCUGUCUGAGGACAUGACUUGUUGAGUAACCAUUGUGGAUUUAAUAAACGUCCCAUGAGUCAACAGACGCCACAGCUUCACAAUGUUGGCUUGUAAACGGAGCUUGACCACCACUAUGAUCUCUGCUCUCCGGGUUCUUCGCAGUAAUCCAGUUGUUGUUUCUGGCCAUGUGCAGAGAUGUCUGUCCACGCAAACAGACGGAGAGGUCCGCAUCGAAACGGUACUGAAGGAGAAGUUUCCGUUAGCCUCGUCGCUCAAAGUUGUGGAUAUAUCAGGUGGUUGUGGGGCCAUGUAUGAGAUCCAUAUAGAGUCCAGUGAGUUCAAAGGAAAAAGGACUGUUCAACAACACCAAUUAGUCAAUCAGGCGCUCAAGGAUGAGAUUCAAGGGAUGCAUGGACUGCGAAUAUUCACUGAUGUUCCAAAACAUUAGAGAAAGUCCUUCCACUGUUGACACACACCCUUUUCCUUUGUUCACCCUAUCUAUUAUGAAUGUACAGUUUUAAAGAGGAUACUGUGUAGUAAAUUAAUUCCUUGAUACUUGUUAAUGUGCCAGUGGCAGAAUUGCAGAGGGACAUUAACAGUGUGAAAUGUGUAAGAAAUGUAAGAUUACACUAAGUUAUUUUUUUUUUUUUUUAACUACUAAGAUGUCUUCUGCUCUGAGAUAAUAUAUAAAACAGGCUACAAUACGCACAAAAUGACUUGGUAAAAUGCUAAAUGUCAAGUCAUGUAGGUUCCUUCCCAAUUGAGGGUCUUCUCAGGGUUGAUAAUGAUGCUGGUGUAGUGGUAAGCAGUCGAGGAAGUAAUAAACACAACCAUCCUGAAUAUUGGAGAAUUGCUACAGACCCUUCUUUUAUUUUGCAAUGUCACUGACACUGGUAUCACAAUUUCUUUGUUGCUGUCCUAUGAAAGUUGAUUGAUUUUUAAAUUGAUUACUGACCAUUGGAUUGUACAUGGACCUUGUAUUAAUACUACCUAUGCACUGAUAAUACAAGUUGCAAUAAAAAGCAGCUGCUUUCCCCCACA